AUGGCCCCCCCGGCUGACAGCGCUUUCUCUGGGACCGCCGCCACUGACAGGGCGCUUGGUCACCAUGGGGCCGCAUCCACUCUCACCAGCUGCCGUUUAUUCCUGCCGGCCGUCGCUUUGUCCACCUCCCGCUCCACCGUCUCCUCCACCUCCUCCUCCUCCUCCUCCCCGGAGUCAGGUCUGAGAAUACGCCUGUUCAACUUUUCCCUCAAGCUACUGAGCUGUUUUUUGUACAUUGUUCGUGUGUUGCUUGAUGAUCCUCAGGAAAGAAAUGGAUGAUCCACUAUAAUAUGGGUAGAAAGAAGUCUUCCCUUGUGGGGUUUACAGGUUACUGUGGCCUUGAUAAGUUUCUUUGAAACAAUGUUGUUGGCUUAUCUCAGCUAUAAGGGGAACAUUUGGGAACAAUUUCUCCGGAUACCUUUCAUCCUGGAAAUGAUUAACACUGUGCCGUUCAUCAUCACAAUAUUUUGGUCUCCUUUAAGAAAUCUCUUCAUUCCGGUGUUCCUAAACUGUUGGUUGGCCAAGCAUGCCCUGGAGAACAUGAUUAAUGAUCUCCACAGAGCAAUCCAACGGACCCAGUCUGCAAUGUUCAAUCAGGUUCUUAUUCUUAUAUCAACUUUACUGUGCCUCAUUUUUACUUGCAUCUGUGGAAUACAGCACUUGGAGAGAGCAGGGAAUAACCUGACCCUCUUCAACUCCCUUUAUUUCUGCAUUGUGACCUUCUCCACCGUGGGGUUCGGAGAUGUCACCCCCGAAGUUUGGCCCUCCAAGCUCCUUGUGGUCAUCAUGAUAUGUGUGGCCCUCGUUGUGUUGCCGAUACAGUUUGAACAACUGGCUUAUCUCUGGAUGGAGAGACAGAAGUCAGGUGGGAACUACAGUCGUCACAGAGCUCAGACCGAGAAACACGUUGUGUUGUGUGUCACCUCUCUGAAGAUUGACCUUCUGAUGGAUUUCUUAAACGAAUUCUACGCACACCCACGCCUACAGGAUUACUAUGUGGUGAUACUUUGUCCUACUGAAAUGGACAUACAGGUUCGAAGAGUGUUGCAAAUUCCAAUGUGGGCACAAAGAGUGAUCUACCUACAAGGAUCAGCGUUGAAAGAUCAGGACCUCCUGAGGGCCAAAAUGGAUGAUGCCGAAGCCUGCUUUAUCCUGAGCAGCCGAUAUGAAGUCGACAGGACAGCUGCUGAUCACCAAACUAUCUUGAGAGCAUGGGCUGUCAAAGACUUUGCACCAAAGUGUCCCCUUUAUGUUCAGAUAUUGAAGCCAGAGAAUAAAUUCCACGUCAAGUUUGCAGAUCAUGUUGUAUGUGAAGAAGAAUUCAAAUAUGCCAUGCUGGCGUUAAACUGCAUCUGUCCAGCUACAUCAACACUGAUCACUCUGCUUGUACACACUUCCAGGAGCCAAUCAGCGCCAUGGGAGGCAUUUAGACAACUCGCUGGAACGAAGCAAGCCGUAAACAGGGAUGGUCACCAAACACACGAGCAGUGGCAAACGAUGUACGGCAAAUGUUCAGGCAAUGAAGUCUAUCACAUUAAAAUGGAAGACAGCACCUUCUUUGCUGAAUAUGAGGGCAAGAGCUUCACCUACACUUCAUUUCAUGCACAUAAAAAGUACGGAGCGUGUCUCAUAGCUGUGAAGAGAGAAGAAAAUAAAAAUAUUCUACUUAAUCCCGGUCCUCAGUUUCUCAUGACUUCCACUGAUAUCUGUUUUUAUAUUAACAUUACCAAGGAAGAAAACUCUGCUUUUAUAAAGCAAAAUGAACAAAGCAUAAAUAGUAUUUCAAAUACGAAGUAUCACGGAGCUUCCAGACUGCCUGUUCACAGCAUCAUCGCCAGUAUGGGCACAGUAGCCAUAGACGUCCAGGAUACAAGGUGUCGACCUCCGACUGGCCCUACUUUGACCCUCCCGCCUGCUGGCGAUAAAGAAUGCAGGAGGUCCAGCAUCGCCCCGGUUUUGGAAGUAGCGGAUGUCACCAACAUCCAAGCUAGUGAGCUUCUAAGCGAUCAGUCGGAAGAUGAAACCAACCCUUCUGAUGAAGAAUCAUCCUCAGCCAUGGAGUAUGUCAAAGGUUACCCUCCAAAUUCACCCUACAUUGGAAGUUCACCAACUUUGUGUCACUUGCUUCGGGUGAAGGUUACAUUCUGCUGUCUAAGACUGGACAAGGGGUGCCAACAUAAUUACUGUCAAGAUGCAAAAGCAUAUGGUUUCAGGAACAAACUUAUCAUUGUCUCUGCAGAAAUUGCUGGUAAUGGAUUGUACAACUUCAUUGUCCCUCUUAGAGCUUACUACAGACCGAAAAAAGAGUUGAAUCCCAUCAUACUGCUUCUGGAUAACCCGCCAAAUGUACAAUUUCUGGAAGCAAUCUGCUGGUUUCCAAUGGUAUACUACAUGGUUGGCUGUAUUGACAACCUGGACGAUCUACUGCGGUGUGGAGUGACCUUUGCUGCUAACAUGGUGGUGGUGGACAAGGAGAGCACAAUGAGUGCUGAGGAGGAUUAUAUGGCGGAUGCCAAAACCAUCGUCAAUGUGCAAACACUAUUUAGGUUGUUCUCCAGUCUCAGUAUUAUCACAGAACUGACACACCCAGCCAACAUGAGGUUCAUGCAGUUCAGGGCCAAAGACUGCUACUCACUGGCAUUGUCCAACUCGAAAAGCGCACUUGAAAUCCCCCCAGGAAGUCCUGCUGAAAUGUGGCGUCCAGGCCAGGUGAAGUGGCCGAUCUUGACCGCAUCGGGAUUUCCGCGGCCCGAUCGGUGGGUCAAAUUUGCCCCCUGCGGCCGGGGCUUUGGAACUCCAGCCCAGUCGGAGCCGGCAGAUCCGUUCCCAUUGCUGACAUCUGAGGCUGACCUUGCGGACCGGGAUCUCGGCCCCUUGGCGGCCCAGGCAGACCAUUCCGGCUGCGUUGGACUCCUUUGGUCCGGCAAAAUGGGUAAUCCAGUCUGGAACCAAGUGUACCGGAAAAUCAGUGGUGGGCCUUCCGGUCCACGCGCUCGGUCUCCUGGAGCAGUGCCCGAUCCAGGUGAGCCCCAGGCUGUUGCAAGGCCUCCAGCCGUCACCUCCGCCUGGACUGCCGUCCCUCUCCCUGCCCGGCCACCUUCAGCCUUUGUGCCUUGGGGAAGCCUCCCACUGCCGACCUCGGGGGCGUGGAAGAAAGAACGUGAAAAAGGCUCCAACCUGGCAUUCAUGUUUCGUCAACCAUUUGCUGCUGGUCGAGUCUUCAGCAUCAGCAUGUUAGAUACACUGCUGUACCAGUCAUUUGUGAAGGAUUAUAUGAUAUCUAUCACACGGCUACUUCUCGGGUUGGAUACAACACCAGGUUCUGGAUUCCUCUGCGCAAUGAAGAUCACAGAAGAUGACUUGUGGAUCCGGACAUACGGCCGGCUGUAUCAAAAGCUUUGCUCUUCCUCAGGAGAUAUCCCCAUUGGCAUCUAUCGCACAGAGACACAAAAGCUCGCAACAUCAGAGUCGCAAGUGUCCAUUAAUAUCGAGGACUGGGAAGAUGCUAAAGAUGGCAAAGAGCACACGGGUUACCGCAGCAGCCACUACCACCGCAACUCAACGUCCAGUGACCAAUCGGAUCAUCCCAUGCUGAGGCGUAAGAGCAUGCAGUGGGCGAGGCGACUGAGCAGGAAGGCACCGAAACACUCCAACAAGAUAAUGGACAGGAUUAAUUGUCAGCGCAUGACCUUGUGCAAAAGGUCAGAGAGGCAAGAGCUGGCUGAACUGGUGAAGACUCGCAUGAAGCACCUGGGCCUUUCAACGGCCGAUUACGAUGAAAUGAAUGAUCACCAGAACACACUGUCAUAUAUUCUCAUCAACCCUUCCCCAGACACAAGGCUGGAACUGAAUGAUGUUGUCUACCUGAUCCGGCCGGAUCCUUUGGCUUACGUCCCAAACAGUAAACCCAGUCUCAAGAUCAGCGUGUCUGGAAACAGCGAGGGUGGCCGGGAUACCAGGGAGAACACCCAGCUUUAAUCGACCGCCCUGCACCGUAGGGAAAGACCACGGCCCCAAAUCCAACAAGAAGUGUUCUGGCUUUCUCCGCUAACUUAAGAAACUGGAUGAGAAUCAAGCAGCUUCACGUUAGUGACUUGUUGGACACAUUGUGCCUGGGACUAAAUUAAUUAAACCCAAUAUGUAGCUUCGUCCCGUGGACAAAGUCACAAGGUGAUUCAAGCAAGCCUGAAGCUUUGUAUCAUUACUGAGCCACAUGCUAUAAUCGUGGCUCUGCUCCUUGAAACACAAUAAUUAACUCGGAAAACGCACAUAGCGGGAAGAAAUGCAGUGAGAUUAAUUCAAUUUCUCGCCAUCUAUCUGUUGCAGGCUAUGGAAGUCUAGCAGCAAAUUAGUCCACAUUUAAUAUGCACAAUGAAUGUAUCUGUUGGUGGGGGGAAAUAAAUGAGGUUUACUGGAAGUCAAUUAGAAAUUAACAUAUUCUGGUAUUAAUUUGUAAGUAAUCUGCAUAAGACGAAGCUAAAAAGUAUUGGAAAGGUGCAUUUCUCCUUUGUUUGCCCUUUCCGGCUUACUGAAUGUAAAGUAGUUAUUAUUUUCUUGAUAAAAAAAUAAUUUUAUAAACUUAAAUCAAAGAGCACCUUGAGUCAAAAGAACAUUAGGGAGUUUUCCAACCUAAUGUAACCAUUUCCCAGUGUCAAGCACCCAACGCAACACAGGUGGAGAGACUGUGGUACAGGGUCAGGAAUUAUCAAUGCCGAGAUCAGUCACAAUGUUGACCUUCACUGACCUCAGUGAACCUUCAAAUCUCCUUGAAGUUGAAUACCAGUUUCUCAAAAGCAUGGGGUUCCCAACCUUUUUCGUCCCAUUUACCCCAGGCAACUUUAUUAGAC